AUGCCCUCAACCCGCAAGCCGGGCUACCAAGCCCUCGACGUAUCCGACGCCAACGAAGCAGGCAUGGAUGCCUCAAAUCUGCAAGACAGAAUCACCUCGCAAGGCGCUAGCGGCGCACCUCGACGCGGCUUUGAAGAAUCCCGAGGCCACCUACAGGUACCCGGCCAAACCCGGCCCGGUGCGUUGGAGGGAGAGACCAUAAACAGGGAAGGGGAUCUGGAGGAAGAGGUGGAUUUAGAUGAAGAUGCUUAUAGGGCAUUUAGGGCUGGAGCUGGCGGUGGGAGUGGAGGUCAGAAGGGGGAGUAUGAUGCUGCGAGUAAGGAGUAUGAUGAUUUGUGA